AUGGCGCAAAUACGCGGCACUGCAGGGUACCACCUGGGAAACCAAAGCCCCUUUGGCAACGCUGGUCGCGUUGACGAGACGAGGAAUGACCCAAGUCCGCUGGAACAACUGAGGGCGCAGACGAGCAAGCUCGAGGAUAUGUUGGACACGGUUGCGGACCCGAUCAAGCCAUAUCUUCCUGCAAUUGGCCGCUUCUUGAUCGUUGUUACCUUCCUCGAGGACGCGCUGCGCAUAAUAACACAAUGGAAUGACCAGCUCAUUUACCUCCGUGACUACCGACACAUCCCCAAUUACAUCACCCACCUUUUCCUCGUCAUAAAUGUCAUUCUCAUGACCGCCGGCUCGAUCAUGGUCAUUGCAAGGAAACAAUCGGAAUACGCAGUUGGCGCGCUCAUGGGCGUUGUCGUGCUCCAGGGCCUCGGCUACGGUCUUGUGUUUGACCUGAACUUCUUCCUGCGCAACCUUUCCGUCAUGGGCGGUUUGUUGAUGGUGCUGUCCGACUCUUGGGUCCGCAAGAAGUUCGCCCCCGCUGGUCUGCCAACGCUCGAGGAGAAGGACAAGAAGAUGUACUUCCAGCUCGCCGGUCGCGUCCUGCUCAUCUUUCUCUUUGUUGGCUUCGUCUUCCGCGGAGACUGGGGCUUCUGGAGAAUUGUAGCCAGUGUUCUUGGACUCAUCGCUUGUGUCAUGGUCGUUGUUGGCUUCAAGGCCAAGUUCUCGGCGAUUAUGCUGGUUCUGAUCCUCAGCGUGUUCAACCUUUAUGUCAACAACUGGUGGACUCUGCACCCACACCACCCCCACAAGGACUUUGCCAAGUACGAUUUCUUCCAGAUCCUGUCGAUUGUUGGCGGUCUUCUCCUGCUCGUCAACAUGGGCCCAGGACAGUUCUCCGUCGACGAGAAGAAGAAGGUUUACUAG